UUUAAAAUAUCAUAACUUAUUUAUUUCUACACAUAAAAAUCACUUGGUCGACAAAAUUACUCACAACCACAACACACAAAGCUAGCAAUCAAGCAAUCAAUCUCCAAAAAAUUUCUUCCCUUCCUCGUGCGGGAAACACAACUUUGUAGCUAACUUUCUCUACUAUUUAUUACAAAUCGUACGGUCACACUAUAAACUGGAUCGCAUCAAAUUAAGUAAGCUAAAAUUGAUUAAAAAUAAAGAAGGUUUUUUAUGAUGAUGAAAUGUUAAAGCUUUUUUGUACGGAUAAAAAAGUUUUAAUUAAUUCUGACAGAUAUGUACUUUCAUUGUAACAAUAACAGUUCUGAAUUCCAACCGUCGGCAGAAGGAUUACAGACACUUUACCUUAUGAAUCCAAACUACGUACCUUACUCUCAUUCGCCACACACACAAAACAUGCUUUUCAACGCUACCACUAAUAAUUCAUCUUCUCACCACGCGCUUGAUUUGGUCAAAUCACCUCACGCGCCUUCGUUUACACUUCCUUCAAUUUCUAACUUUCAUGGAUCCAACACCGCCGACACUCCCACACAACACUAUGAGCUUUCCGGCUUCCACGCGCUUGCCUCUGCGGCAAACGCAACUUCCCGUUCCCACUAUAAUUUGUGGGGAUCAGGUAAUUUGAUACCUGAUCAAUCUGUUACAGCGACAACAACUAAUAGUGUUGUUGUCGCUGUGACAACAACUGCUGCGGCGGAAUUUCCGCCGCAAAUUGAUUUUCAUAUGCCAAUUUAUCAACGUAGUUUGUCUCUGAGUCUCUCGUCAAACCAAACGCCUUAUCGGUCAGUCUCCGGGGAGGUUGAGGUGUGUCCGAGUAGCCGUGGCGGUGGGAUUUCGAGCAUGCACGGUGUUUUUCUGGGGUCGAAGUAUUUGAAAGCGGCGCAGGAGCUUCUUGAUGAAUUUGUGAAUGUGGAUAAGGGAAUCUACAAAGGAGAAAAUAGUAAUAACAAUAAUAAAGAGAAGAAGAAAACGAAUGUUGAAUGGAGUUCAAGUGGUGAUGGAGGAAAGUUACAAGUAGGUGAAUUAAGCACUGCACAGAGACAAGAACUUCAGAUGAAGAAGUCCAAACUUGUUAGCAUGCUCGAUGAGGUAGAACUAAGGUACAGACAAUACCACCAUGAAAUGCAAGUUGUGACAUCAUCAUUUGAGCAAGCAGCAGGAUAUGGAGCUUCAAAAUCAUACACAUCACUUGCCUUAAAGACAAUCUCAAAGCAAUUUAGAAGUCUUAAAGAUGCAAUAUGUUCACAAAUAAAGAGAACUAGCAAGAGUUUAGGUGAAGAUGAUUGCUUAGGAGUUAAGGUAGAAGGUUCUUCUAGGUUAAGGUUUGUCGAUCACCAUCUCCGACAACAACGGGCAUUACAACAACUUGGAAUGAUCCAGAACAAUGCUUGGAGGCCUCAACGAGGUUUGCCUGAACGAGCUGUUUCUGUUCUACGUGCUUGGCUUUUUGAGCAUUUCUUGCAUCCCUAUCCCAAGGACUCCGAUAAGGUUAUGCUUGCAAGACAAACUGGACUUACAAGGAGUCAGGUGUCUAACUGGUUUAUAAAUGCUCGAGUUCGGUUAUGGAAACCAAUGGUUGAAGAAAUGUACUUGGAAGAAAUCAAGGAUCAAGAGCACAAUAAUGAUAACACAAAUAGAUCAAAAGAAUCAAGUAAAGAACUUGAUCAAAAUAACGUUCUUCAUUCAAAAACAGAAAUCUUCAACAACCAAAACACUUCUCAAAAAGAGAUUUCAAAUAAUUCCAAUAAUUCAUUGUCAACAUCUCCAAUAGGAGGAGGAACAUUUAGAGAAUCCAACAACACAAAGUUUGAGGUUGAAAUUGAAGGGAAUCAUUACAAAGAUGGAUACUCUUUAAUGACUGAAAAUGAAAACCAUAUUAAUGGUGGUGAUUUUGGAUCAUUCUCAAUGGAUAAUAUUGGAAGGUUUAAUGUUAGUGAUCAACAAUUGGCUCCUAAGUGUCAUGGAAAUGGUGUUUCUUUAACUCUUGGACUACCUCAUAAUGAGAAUGUCUCUCUCUCUUCAACACAACAUGGAUUUCUCUCUCAAAAUAUACAUUUGGGAGGGAGGAUUAAUGAAAUGGGUGGCAAUGAAAAUGAGUUUUGUGCAAUCAACAAUAAUAAUGAGAGUGUUGAUAUUCAAAACAGAAAGAGGUUUGCUGCUCAAUUAUUGAGAAAUUUUGUUGUCUAAUAAUAAGGAUAUUGGAUAUCUUUUAGAAGGCGUGAAAACUUUCGAUCUCUCUCUAAUACUGCAAUAGAGAGUUGAUCGGUUCAGAAUGUUUCACUCAGUUCAUGGUAUGUCACUGUGAUUUUAAAAAAAAUAAACACACAAUUUAAAGCUUAAAUAAUUUUAAAUUA